UGUAACCAGAGAAAUAAAUAAAGAUGGCCGACCGAGAUGGUCGGCUAUCGCCUGCCUGUCUUGAUGAUUUAGAGGACGAAUCUUUGGAUCCAAGGAUUCAUGGAGAAUUAGAGAGGCUGAACAAAGCAUCAGAAGAAAUAAAUAAAUUGGAGCUGGAACUUGAUGAUUCUAGGGCAAGCUUCAGACAAGCUCUCACAGAUUCCACACACCAACUCAAUGCUUUGGCAAAAAAACUAGGUUCCUGUGUGGAAAAGGCUCGACCAUACUAUGAUGCUAGGAUGAAGGCCAAAGAGGCCCACAUUGAGACUCAGAAGGUUGCUUUGAGGUUUGAACGAGCAUGCAGUAUGCACGAAGCUGCCAAAGAGAUGGUGCAGUUAGCCGAGCAGGGAUACACGUGUCGAGAGGAGCCGUCUGACCCAGCCUGGCAGGAGAUGCUAAAUCACGCCACUAUGAAGGUUAAUGAGGCCGAGAAGGAGCGAAAUGCAAGUGAACAGGAUCACAGAAAUACCAUGCUGAAGUUCCAGGAGUGUGAGGAGGUUGUACACCACCUACAGAGGGACCUCAAGAGAGCCAUCGCCAAAUCAAAUUUUUCCACUCGUCGAAGUUUCCUACAGAUGAGUGAUCUUGUAAACCAAUAUCAUUUAACAAUGUUGCCAUAUUUUGAAAUGAAGGCCAAAUUUAAUCAAACAAUGGAGGAACAGAAGCGAGGGAUUAGAAUUCUGGAAGAAGACGUCAGCUCAUCCAAAACCAUGUACUCAGAAGCUCUAAGAAAUCUGGAGACAAUCAGUGAUGAAAUCCACCAACAGAGAAUGGAGAAGAGGAGAAAUGAUGAGUUGGGGGAAAGGGUAGCUGGGGUAGGGUCAGAAACUCCAUCUCCUCCUCCUUACAGAGACUCAAGUCACCCCAAUGGUGAAGGACAAAAUUCUGGGCCAGAGAUGCAAGAUUUUGUGCCCCCUUCUGUAAUACACUCAUCAACUGAUAAAGCUAGGAACCCUAGUUACUUAAAAGCUAUUGACAAUUCUGAGGAAGAGGAAUUCCCUGUGCCAAGUUUAGAGAGUGAAUACAAGUCCCUUCCUGAGCCUCACAAGGCAGCACUCCGAACUCGUAGUGUCCCAAUAAAGGAUCACGAUAAUGUAUUUACAGAGGACCAGCGAGAUAGGAGUCAGUCAUUGAGACACUCCAUGCCAAAUCCAGGAAUCGCUGAUCAGAGUUUCGCCUCAUCCGACCCUUUAAAACUAAACAAGGCAGAUUCUCCAACUCGUUUGAGAAAGAAACUUCAGGCUGGGAGUUUAAUACUCAAGAUAGACUCGGGUAUGGAUCCCUUGGCAGGGUUGUAUAGUGCUCCUAUAAAACCUACUCGUUCAUCAACAAGAUCUCAGGGCAAAUCUCGACACAGUAAGAAGGACAAAAGUUCGAGCAGCAUGUCACCUCCAUCGAGUGUGCUCAGUGUUCCCAGCGGUGAGGACGGGGAAAGCUCAGACACAGAGAGUGUCGCGAGUACAGGGCCAAUGCUGGACGAUGACCAGGUCCUGGCACUCACUCUCGAGUUUGAUGAUAAAGUUUCCACUGAAAAUGUCUCGCCAUCAGCUCAUCUGGACUGGCGUCGAAAAAGUCUCCCCCCAAACCUUAGUCACUUAGAACACUUUUUACAGAAACCUGUGGACAGUGAUAAAAAUGCCUAGUGGUUUGUUAUUAGAUUUUUAUGUUUGUCGGACUGGUGCAUCAUCUAUUUUAUACAUUCUGUACAUGUAGUUGUAAACACAGCUUUCAUCCAUGAUAAUUUUUGAAUUGCAAGAAAAGGACUGCUCCAAAAUGUCCUGUACAGUGAUCCCCUUUUGAUACAACAAUGUGUACUGGGAACAUUCCAUUUAUAUCCCAUGUUUAGCUUAGUCACACUGAAAGCAAGCUUUAUUAGAUUUAUUGUGCUCAAAUAAGGGCUGUUCCAGUAAAACCUACAUGGGAGAGGGAAAGGACACUUUAAAAUAUGGAUAGCCUAUCACACAUGCAGUUUUUCUUUUAUAGUUUAUCCACCAAUAUCAGUAUCCGUAGGUGUAAUACAGGAUGUAAUAGAAUUUUUUUGAAGGAUGCAAAAUGAUUUUUGCUUAUUAAGACCCCAUCUAUAGGAAUUGGCUUCUGCAUGCAUUGGUAGUUUUCUGGACAUUUUUUGGCUAUCCCUGAAUUGAAAACUCAUAUUAAUGGGUUACAGAUCAAAUUUGAGUUUGGGCUUUCCUGACCUAUUUUUGAAAGAGUUUUUUGGACCUUGAACUUUGCAAAUAAUGCCAAAAACCAAGGCCCUUUUGUGAUGCUUGCCAUCACAAUGAUAUUUAGCUUAUGGCUGUACUGGUAGUUAUGUAAUAAACAAUAUGUAAAGACAGUCCAUUCUAUGCAGAAUUUACUACAUCAUGUUCUCUGCAUCAGUUGAUUUGUUUGACCUUUAGUCAUCACACAUGUAAACACACCUCGUGUGAAAUUAAGCUUUCUUCAAGUACCACCCUUCAUACUUUAUUUUCACUGGGUAUCACGUAUGUUUAACUGGAACAGCCCCUGAGUCUCACAUGUACACCUAUAUUUAAAUGGAAGCAUCUUUUGCAGGUCAAAUAUUAUUGUGAAGAAAACUGUCAAUUAGUCUGGAAGUGAAAUUGAUCUGUGUUCCUCCAAGGACAGGGUAUUUCUGUUGGUGCUUGUGAAUUCUGCUGUUCUUACUCAGUACUCUUCCUACGUGUAUAGUGUUUAUGUGAUAGUACACUCUCACUUCAAUAGUUUAUUAUCUGGCAUUGCAUAGACAGAAUUCCGUCUUCUAUCAACAUUUUUAAAGAAAAUAUAUCAGAAAAUAUUUUCAGGUCUGUUUUGGGUUUUUGCAUACUUUUAAUGCAUUUAUUUUACAAAAGUUUUCAAGGAAAACCCUCUAGUCAACUUCCACUAUCUACCAAGCAAUCAGUAUUGUGUUUGUAACAUUAAUUUUGACAUGUUUUGAUUUUUACACUAGAAAUGGCAAUUUCAAGAUGUACCGUAAAUCCUGUGAAUUUCAUUGAACAGUAAUAUACAUGUACAUUGUGUUAGCUGUGUUUUGAAAUGAUUAAGGCCCCCCAAGAUAUUAAUGAUGUGGUUCUCAAUUAGCCAUUUCAGAAAUGCAUGUAUAGGCAGUAGGGUAACCUGUUUUCCAAGUUUUUAAUUUGAUACAACAAAAAAAUAAUUUUCCCUUCCUUCUAAAUACUAAUUUUCCAACAUACAGUAUUGAAUAAUGCAUUCGAAUUACUCUCACUUUUUUAAAUAUAGCAGUUUGUACUUAUGAAUGGGAAUGUGAUAUUCCACCAAAUUUUAUCUUUAGAAACCAUAAUGAAAUGGAAAUGUUCUGUUUGAAAUCAAAAUCCGAGUCUGAUUGUUUUCUAGAUUGGCUGAAUGUCUUGUAUGACUGUCGCUGACAAAGUCUCCUGGAAUUCAAACUCUGGAAAUGUUGGCAAAAUUUUCCAUACAUGUGUAGAUGUGCUUAAGCACCGCAUAAUGUGAUUUUUAAGGGCCAUAAAUAAUGAUUUCAACAAUAUAAAUGUACCUGUUACAUAGGGUUUGAUCUGAAAUACGAGUACAUUGUAUGUGUAUUUUAUCUAUUCUCCAUUUUUGUUGAGAUUAGUUCAAUGGUUUAUAGUACUAUGUACUCAGUGCCUCAUAGUUUGAAGCAUAAUCAAAAUGAAUUUCCUGUGUGUAAUGUUCCGGUUGUAUCAAACAUCUUGUGGUACAAUGUAUAUUAAUAUUUGAUACACUUAUGUACAAUUUCAUCAGCUUUGACAAUUGCUCCUAUACAAGUUCUUUGAUAUUGUAGAUCUUGGAAAUUGUUAAGACAUAGCCACAGAUGUUUAAAGGAAAAGAAAUUUGAUAUAAUGUAUUGAGAUUAUACAACUGCGUGUCUUUCCCCCCAACUUGAUAUUCCCUUUUCAUUCUAAUAUGGUGAAGGAAUUCUUGCUCUGCUUUUAUGAUAUAAAGUUCUCAAACACUUGGGUAAUGAAUGCUUUAAUAAAAAACAUUUUUAAAACAAGACUGGUGAAUUGGAAGUCUUCACCAUCUCAAGAAUUGCAAUCAUGUUACUGCAUAAAGUGUGUUAAUAUUUAGGGAGGUAGAAUUAAAUACAUGUAUCAUA